UGUUAUUUAUUCUGUUUUAUUUGUAUUUAUAAUCUCGGAAUCAUUGAAAAUGAUGGCUAUCCUCUGUGUAUUCCCGAGAAAUUAAUAAAAGUUGAAUGAACAUCCGAGCCUGUAGAUGGCAACAAUGUACCCGUGUUGUGCUCUGCAUUGAGGUAGUCAUCGGUAGAUGAAGAAGGAAACAGGGUAGAGAAAGUGAAGCCUUGUGGACAAGAAAUAAGUAACCAGACUCAUUCUAAGUAACAUACGAUUGGUGUUUUAUAUUGUUUAAUCAGUGUGAUACAUGCCACAAUUGUUGGAACACGGUGUAGUUAAGCAACAAAAUAGUGGAUGUAGCUUGCAAUCAUAGUUAGCUUAGCAAGCAAGCAACCAACGUAUUCUUACUGUAGUGUGGAAAGAUGUCGGCUGUACAGUCGCACGUUGCUUUUAUUUUGGAUAACUUGGCCAAAAAGGCAGUUGCUGAAAUCAUUACGUUGUUUGAUAACACUUUUACUGCGUUUAUCGGAGAACUUUGUAAGAAACAGAAUGAAAUUGAUCAGCUGAAAAAGAAGUUGGAAUUACCACAGGCUGAUGUGAACGCGGUGGGAAGCACCGUGCAAGAGAAGCCUUCCGUGUUGUCCUAUGAUGAAACUUCAUUCAAUCGCCAAACGUCAAACGAAGAAGAGCCGAAAUCUGAUUGUUCCACGGUAGUCGUUCAGUGGGACUUUUCUGAUGAACAACAAUAUGAUUUUGAAGGAAUCACUGAUGAGGAAGAGUGGGAGGACACGCUAGCUGGACAGUCGGAGGAUCCUGUUGAUUGCACUAGAUCUGAGUAUGACGACAGUGAAUUAGGUGUGCUGGAGUUUGAACUGAAAGCAGCAGAGCUGGACAGCUUGACUGAAGAAGAGGAGUCGGCUACACUGGCGUUGACUCAUAGUCAGACCUCUGAUGUUCAACACCAUGAAAAUUCAUCAGUACCUGGAAAAAAAGAGGUUGGAAGUCCGAGAAAACUCCAUCAUUUAGCUGUGGCAGAGACCACAGAGACAACUACAUCAGAGACAAAAGAAGUUAGGAGUUUACCAGCUAAGAAAAAAAAAAGAAGAGGAACGAGAAAAAUAAAAGUAGCCUUCAACAAGACUUGCCCAGAGUGCAGACAGGCGUUUUAUCGGCCAACGGACUUAAAAAAACACCGUUUCAGUCACAAACAGAAACAACUACUGAGCUGUGAGUGGUGUGGAGUCACCUUUUGUUCCGAGGGCCAGAUGGUGACUCACGUUCGUAUUCAUACAGGAGAGAGGCCUUUCCACUGUGAUGUUUGUGAUAAGGGAUUUAUUACCAAAGGCCAGCGCAAAAUACACAUGUGGCACCACAAGUCAAAAGAAAAAGGUGAAUCUUGCAGCCUGUGUGGGGUAGACUCUACCGAAGCUCUUGAAGGCUACACACCGAGACGUUCCUCCAGAGCGGUACCAUGUGCUAAGUGCGGGAAGACCAAACCUGCCACUUGAGAAAGAUUUGAUGAGUUGGUUAUCCAUGACUCCAGUCACAAUUUAAUGUGUCAAAUGCCUAUUAUCGACUGAACAGAAAUGUUCGGUGUAUUACUGAGAAGCCUCAAUGAAUUAUGUGGACUACAUUUUGAUCUCUUAGUAAUUCCUUUGAUACAACUGGGUGACUGCUAAAUGGAUUUAUUUGCUAUACUCACUCACUCCUUUCUUUCUUUCUUUCUGUUUCAUUUACAGUUGUGUUAAUCAUAUUGACUGUGACCCCAAGUGAUCUCUUUUGUUUUCUACAACCCCCAAUCAGAAAUAGUUGGGACGGUAUGUUAAAUUAAAAUUAAAACUGUAAAUUCUCUUCGACCUGUAUUACAUUGAAAACAAUACAUCAGUACAUUAUUUGAUGUUUUACCUCGUGAAUUUUAUUGUUUUUCAAAAUAAACACUUAAUUCAAUUUCGAUUCUUGCAACAUAUUUCAAAGAAAGUUGGGACAGUGAAGACACCCAGUGAUGAAGCGUUUCAGGUGGAACUUUGUCCCAGUAUUCCUGCAAACAAGUCUUAAGGUGUGCAACGGUACGGAGUCUUCGUUGUCGCGUUUGGCAUUUCAAAAUGCGCCACACAUUAUCUAUUGGGGACAAGUCAGGACUGCAGGCAAGCCAGUUCAGCACCCGCACACUCUUCUUCCUCAGCCAUGCCUCUGAAAUGUGUGCAGAAUGUGUUUUUGCAUUGUCUUGUUGAUAUAUGCAUGGGCGUCUGGAUGACGUCUUGAAGGCAGCAUAUGUUGCUCCAAAAUCUCUAUGUACUUUUCGGCAUUAAUGGUUCCAUCACAGAAAUGUGAGUUACCUUUGCCAAGGGCACUGACACAACCCCAUACCAUGACAGACCCUGGCUUUUGGACUUCUUGCUGGUAACAGUCUAGAUGGUCCAUUUCUUCUUUGGUGCGGAGCACACAGCGUCUAUUUCUUCCAAAAAAGACCUGUAAUACUAAUUUGUCUGACCACAAUACAUGUUUCCACUGUGUGAUGGUCCAUCCCAGAUGCCUCCGAGCCCAGAGAAGUCAACGGCACUUCUGGACACGAUUAACAUAAGGCUUCCUUUUGGCACAGUACAGUUUUAACUGGCAUUUGUGGAUGUAACUACGUAUUGUAGUGCUUGACAAAGGUUUGCCAAAGUAAUCGUGUGCCCAUGUGGUUAUAUCGCUUAUAGAUGAAUGACGGUUCUUGAUGCAGUGCCGGCUGAGGGAUCGGAGAUCACGGUUUUCAGCUUAGGCUUGCGCCCUUGCCCUUUACGUACUGAAAUUCCUCCAGAUUCCUUGAAUAUUUUGAUUAUGUUAUGCACCGUGGAGGGUGAAAUAUCCAAAUCCCUUCCUAUCUUUCUUUGAGAAACAUUGUUUUUAAACAUUGCAAUAAUUUGCUCACGCAUUUGUUGGCAAAGCGGCGAUCCUCGAGCCAUCUUUGCUCCUAAAGCAGGGGUUUUCAACUGGUUUUGUCCCAGGGACCACCAUUCUGACUAGAAAGUAAUUUGCG